GCGCCGCCGCCGCCGCCGCCGCCGCCGCUCCCCUGCCCGCGCCGCCCGCGGCUCCCGAUGGAGACUGACGCGCCCCAGCCCGGCCUCGCCUCCCCGGACUCGCCGCACGACCCCUGCAAGAUGUUCAUCGGGGGACUCAGUUGGCAGACUACGCAGGAAGGGCUGCGCGAAUACUUCGGCCAGUUCGGGGAGGUGAAGGAGUGUCUGGUGAUGCGGGACCCCCUGACCAAGAGAUCCAGGGGUUUCGGCUUCGUCACUUUCAUGGACCAGGCGGGGGUGGAUAAAGUACUGGCGCAAUCGCGGCACGAGCUCGACUCCAAAACAAUUGACCCUAAGGUGGCCUUUCCUCGGAGAGCACAGCCUAAGAUGGUGACUCGAACGAAGAAGAUCUUUGUGGGGGGGCUGUCAGUGAACACCACGGUGGAGGAUGUGAAGCAAUAUUUUGAGCAGUUUGGGAAGGUGGAUGAUGCCAUGCUGAUGUUUGACAAAACUACUAACCGGCACCGAGGGUUCGGGUUUGUGACAUUUGAGAGCGAGGACAUCGUGGAGAAAGUGUGUGAAAUCCACUUCCAUGAAAUCAACAACAAAAUGGUGGAAUGUAAGAAAGCUCAACCAAAAGAGGUGAUGUCGCCGACGGGCUCAGCCCGGGGCCGGUCUCGAGUCAUGCCCUACGGAAUGGACGCCUUCAUGCUGGGCAUCGGAAUGCUGGGUUACCCAGGUUUCCAAGCCACAACUUACGCCAGCCGGAGUUACACAGGCCUCGCUCCUGGCUACACCUACCAGUUCCCUGAAUUCCGUGUAGAGCGGACCCCUCUCCCGAGCGCCCCAGUCCUCCCCGAGCUUACAGCCAUUCCUCUUACUGCUUAUGGACCAAUGGCGGCAGCAGCAGCAGCAGCAGCUGUGGUUCGAGGGACAGGCUCUCACCCCUGGACGAUGGCUCCCCCUCCAGGUUCAACUCCCAGUCGCACAGGGGGCUUCCUGGGAACCACCAGCCCCGGCCCCAUGGCUGAGCUCUAUGGAGCAGCCAACCAGGACUCAGGGGUCAGCAGUUACAUCAGCGCCGCCAGCCCUGCCCCCAGCACCGGCUUUGGCCACAGUCUUGGGGGUCCCUUGAUUGCCACAGCCUUCACCAAUGGGUACCACUGAAGCAGGGGACAGGAGGCAGGAG